CCCUCUCUAGGCUCGAUAGAGACCUCGUUUCGGUAUCGAUUGGACUACACCUUGGCUCCGCGACCGCACGUAAAGCUCGCGAAAACGAUAGCCGCAAUUGCUUAUUUACGUAGAGCAAUUGAGAGAAUACGCGCCUGAGUUUGAUUCCGUCCAACGUAACUGACUUUGAAUCCUCGUUCUUUGUUCUGUUGGUCGAUAUAGUCAAGCCCCUUGCUCAUCAUGCCGCGCGACGAAGAACACGACAAGCUGGUGGCUCCGGCAGACUUUGAUGGUCCCACAAAAGACCGUCACUGUACCGAUAUUCUCAUGCUCCUGGCACUCAUUGCCAUGUGGGUCGCCAUGACCGGUGUCGGCAUUUACGCGGUAACCAACGGUGACUAUCGGCUCGUUUUAUACCCACUCGAUUACGACGGAAACGUCUGCGGAACCGACUUUGGACUCGACAUGACGGAGUUUCCCUACUUACUCUAUGUGAAUUCAUACACGGGUGGCGUCUGUGUCAAAGAAUGCCCGGAUCUGACCGGGAAGGUCAGCGAUAAUCUCACGGACAUUGGCACUCUCGUUACCUACAAUGGUGUUUUUCAAGCCGACAACGGAAGUUUGUCGGAAUUGCCGCUUGAUUACAUACAAGUGGGUGACUAUUCCAGCUCGACGGACGCCAUUUCUUGUACGGACGAUACCUGCUUCCCUCAGCAGUCGCCGUCGCUCUCCUGGGUUAGCAACGGCGUCAACCAGGGUUUUGGCUACGCCUACUACGCCGCGGAUUCGUACGAGCUUUUAUGGCGAUGUUAUCUGACAACCGAAGCUUCCGCAAGAAUCGAAGAGCUUGUGUCCAGUCAAAGCGGGGGUUUGCAGAUCGCCGGCGAUGCCUCUCAGUUCUUUACAAAGCUAUACGCUGAUCUAUGGGUGGCGCGCAAAUAUGUACUGGGAUUCGGCUUUGGCGUUUCUGUACUGGUGUCAUUCGUCUACAUUUUUUUAAUGCGAUUGCCUUUGAUUUUGACCGCCAUGGUUUGGUCUUCUAUUUUUAUUUCGAUCGCCCUCUUCUUUGUCAGUGGCUACUACGCAUGGGUAUUUGCUAGUGAUUGGUCGGACGAAGUUCCCCAGACAGUAUCCAACACCACAAUCAAUGCUACCACGGCCGCAUCCAUUGUACUAUACGUGAUUGGUGGCAUUAUGAUUUUGCUGGCAUGCUGUCUACGGUCGCAAAUCCAGACGGCUAUUGGUUGUGUCAAGCAGGCUGGGAAGGCCGUCAAUUGCAUGAUUAUCAUCUUGCUGGUACCAGUCCUACAAGCUGUCGGUUUUCUCGCAUUUUUGAUUGUUUUUGGUUAUUACGGGGCCAAUUUGGCUAGUUUGGGAAAAAUCAGCGUGGUGGAGGUGCCAUUGGAUGGCACUGGUACGCAAGAAAUUGCAUUCCGCAAAUACGAAUUUGACGACUUUGUCGAAAACUGUGGAUGGUACUUGCUCUUUUGCCUCUUCUGGACGUCCAAUUUCAUUGUCGCCGUCGGGGAUAUGAUUGUAGCCAUAUCCGUUUCCAAAUGGUAUUUUACCAAGAAUAAGGUGACCAUCGGUAGCUGGACCGUCUUGACUAGCAUCUGGCAAACACUCUUUUACCAUGCCGGAACUUGCGCAUACGGGUCUUUGAUUCUUGCGGUCGUGCAAAUGAUCCGAGCGAUGAUUGCAAGGGCACAAAAGGCUGCCAAAGAUGCGAACAGCAAGAUAGCGGGAGCGAUCCUGUGCUGCUGCCAGUGCUUUUUCUGUUGCCUCGAAUGCUGUCUCAAAUUCCUGAACAAAAACGCCUAUAUCCAAACGGCCAUAUUCUCUACUGCCUUUUGCAAGUCCUGUCGGCAGGCCUUUUAUUUGAUCUUCCGAAACGCUGCCCGCAUUGCAGCCAUCAGCUACGUAUCUGGGGCAGUUCUUAUUGUUGGAAAACUGUUCAUCAGCGCAGUAACGACAUCAGUGAGCUACUACUUUAUUGCCGAGGACAUUGAGAAUGAGCUACAUUCCGUUGGUGGACCCGUGGCCAUUGUUUUUCUUAUUUCAUAUUGGGUAAGCGAUUUCUUUAUGGACGUAUUCGACAUGGCAAUUUCAACCAUUCUCCACUGUGUAAUUGCGGAUGAAGAAAUGUUUGAUGGAGAAGCGGGUUACACAGAGAAAAGCCUAAAAAACUGGGUCGACAAACACGCCGAUAUCAACUGAGCGGAAAGGCGCGGCCAAUAAUUUGUAGAGAUUCCUUUAUGUUGUCGAAGAGGAGCUAUUUGCGGUUUAUGUAAAUCUAUUUCAUUUAC